CCCGACCCGCAGCCCCCCCGGUUUACCCUGUCCCCGCAGGACGCCCGCCCCUACCCGUUCCUGCACACCCAGGACGACACCUACGAGAACCUGAACGGGAUGCUCUUCGGGCGCCUGCCGGCCGUGGCUAAGUCCGUGGCCGAGGUCGUGGGGCAGCUGCUGAUCCGCCUGACCCACGACCACCUGGUGCCGCUGGACUUCGGCGCCUACGGAGACGUCCUGCUGCAGCGGAUUGCGGAGUUCAACCCCUACAGCAGCGAGCUCAAGAGUCGCGGCCUGACCCUGCAGUGGCUGUACUCGGCCCGGGGCGACUACACGCGGGCAGCCGAGAAGCUGCGCCAGGACAUCUACAGCUCGGAGGAGAAGAACGAACGGCUCAACCGCAUGCACAACGUCCGCAUCAUGAGG